AUGAACGUGCCAGUGAAGGCCGGGGCGCCCACCGUGGCCGUGGUCCCAGUGCCGGAGAGCGAGAUGGACGCGCUGCUGCUGGGGCGCACAGCGGUGAGGACAUUUGAUCAGUACGUGCGAAAUGAAAAUAUCGAAGACAGGUUGUGGCCUUGUACAAGUACGUACCUCUCGGGCGCGUCGCCAUGUCGAUCUGUUGCU